CACUUUUACAAAGAAAUCCAGGUUCAGUGGCAUUUAUUGUAACUGAAAAGUCCAAUAUUUGUAAAAGUCCAAUCUUCAAGAGAAUGUUUGUGAUGUUUACUGCACAAAAAGAAGGUUUUGUAAAUGCAUGUAGGCCUGUAAUAGGACUGGAUGCAUGUCACCUUAAGGGGAUCAUGGGAGGACAGCUUAUGUCUGCAAUUGGUAGGGAUGCUAAUAACCAGAUGUUCCCAAUUGCUAUGGCACUUGUUGAAUCUGAAUGCAAAGAUAGUUGGGGGUGGUUUUUGGACAGCCUUACUGAUGCCAUUGGCACUCCAAUUGAAAGGGGUUGGGUGUUUCUAUCAGAUAGACAAAAGGGAUUAAUUGAUUGCAUUGAGAAUAAGUAUCCUGGAGUGGAGCAUCGAUUCUGUGUUAGACACAUGUAUGCUAAUUUCAAACUGAAAUUCAAGGAUAAGCACCUAAGAGAUUUAAUGUGGGGGGCAGCCAGGGCUUAUUUACCCUGUCAUUAUGAAAGCAAAAUGAGAGAGUUACAUUUAGUAGCCCCAGAAGCACAUGCAUGGUUUAGUUCCAUACCAGCUAACCUAUGGGCCAGACACACCUUUUCUCCAAGGACAAAAUGUGACCUUUUAAGUAAUAAUAUAUGUGAGAGCUUCAAUCAAUACAUUAAGGAUGCUAGGGAAGAGCCUAUUUUGACUAUGUUUGAGGCCAUUCGAAGACAGAUUAUGUGCAGAUUUCAAGAAAAAAGAGACUGGAUUCAGAAGGUGAAGUCUCAUAUUUGUCCGAGGAUCUGUCAGAAAAUUGAAGAGAGGAAAAAACAGGUAGCUCAGUUUGAUGCACUUGUGUCUACAAGAGAGGUGUAUGAGGUGACUGGUAUAGUAGGAACUUUUGCUGUUAAUGCAGUUCAAAGGUCUUGCACAUGUAAUGAGUGGGAUAUGACAGGAAUUCCAUGUGUCCAUGCAUGUGCUGGACUUGUGCAAGACAACAAAGAUCCAUAUGCAUAUGUUGAUAAUUGCUACUCAGUAGAAAUAUAUGUAAAGGCAUAUGCUGGUGUUAUUAUGCCUAUGCCAGACCAAACAAAUUGGGUGAAUGCUAGCAGUGAUACAUUACUCCCACCUCGUAGGAAGAUAGCUCCAGGCAGGCCUAAGAAAGUUAGAAAAAAGGCUCAAUUGGAGGACUUACAUGUUGGAAAACUAUCUAAAGUAGGGCUGCCAAUUCACUGCAGUCAUUGUGGUCAUACUGACCACAAUGCCAGAAGUUGCAAGGUCACUGGUUGUUCAUUUGUGAGGCAAAGAAAAUCAGUGACUGCACAGGGCCUACUAAAUGAGGGAGAGGAGCUGGUAGAGGCCACUCUACAAAUGCUGAUGCUGAUGUUGAAAGAAAUACUGAUGCUGAUGUUGUGCAAAAUGCUGAUGUGA